AGCCCUGGCUUAUUUGGGAAAAAAAAUUAAGAGGGAGCAGCAGCGGAGACGGGCGAUAAAUUAAUUAGCCACUGCUACCACAUAACCCAGGGUGCGGAAACCUGAACCCAGCUCCACAGCACACCCACCACCAUCGCUAGCAUCCCAGUUGCCACCUAGGUCAAGAUUCGGUCACAACCUCAGGACAACAUCGAUGGCGGAACUGGUGAGGGACUGGCUGGCGGACUACCAGCGGACAAAGGGUCAGCCUGCCGAGGCGGAAGCGUUCGUUGUGGAGCACGAAACGGAUCCCGAGAUUGCUGAGGCCAUCUUCACCAUCUUUAACGAGCGGCAGCGCAACGAGGCGCUGGUCCACGACAUCUGCCAGCAGCUACUGGCUUUUUACCGCUCGCCGGAGCUGACGCUCCACAAGUUCCCUCUGCAGUUCAUCCCGGUGCUGGUGUACACAUACCUGCAUUCGGUGGCCGGCGGCGAUAAGAAGGCCGCUCGCGGCGUGGAGACGCUGCUCAUCUGCAUUUACAAUGGCGAGGUGUCCACCGAUGACGGCGGCCAGCGCGUGGUGGCCUUCCGCAUGCCCAUCCUGGCCCAGACGUCCGUCUACCACGAGGUGAAGAACCUGCCCAUGACCGAUCUGCGCCGCUGGGAGGAGAACUGCAACCGGGAGGUCAAGUGGGGACCGCAUCAGCGUAUUGAGUCGAUCCACGCCCAGAACCGUAUGCGCAUCCUGACGGCACUGCUAUUUUGCUACAACCAGCAGGUCAGCCAGACGCAAAAGUCGUCGCUGCUCCACUUGUGCCGGGUCACGUCGCAGCUGGUGAAUCAGGGAUUCACCACGAAGUCGGGGCACGGUCAUCGGAUGAGUUAUGGAUCUGAUCCUGCAACCGGAGCCACUUUUCCAAAGCCCUCCUCACCACGCAUUCCACUGUCCGCCGCCUUCCUGAUCGAACUGGUGCACGCCAUCUACUUCGCCAUGUUCAAUGGCUAUGGCACGAUAGCUAUCCAAACCCUGGACGACAUACACAACCGGGCCACCUACGAAAUGUACUCGGAACUGAUCCUGGUGACCAGUGCGGUGCGCAAUUCGCUGCACGCCAAUCCUUCCGGUCAGCCCAACGACGGACCCAUGGGCCUUAGUGUGGCCUUGACGCCAUCCACCACCACGGUGACCACUUCGGUGUCCAAGUCUAUGAUCACGAACGCCUCCUUCCGUACGAAAAAACUGCCCGACGACAUACCCAUCCAGGUGCAGGACCUCACCAUGCCGCAGGCGCCGCAGCAGCUGGCCAGCGUUACUGAGGAGACGGAGCCGGGCUCCAAGGAAUCGCCCUCCACCAAGGAGAGUUCCGGCACGCGCACCUCCAUCAUGCGACCGAGCAUGGAGGGCAUCAAGGCGCAGGCACACAAGGCGCUCAUCGCGGGCUUCAAGAAGUCGAAGGACAAGGAGAAAGAGAAGGACAAGGAGCCGCCGAAGCCACCGCAGCGCAAGUUCGACAAGCACACGCAGCGCAACUCGCUGCUCCAGCUGCAGGCGGAACCAAACUCGAAUCCCAGUGCGGAACAGCCACCCACCGGCGAAGUGCUGCCGCUGCAGACGCUCUCGCUGAUCAACGAGAAUGGGAGCAACAGCUUCAGCGUGGACAGCGACCUCAACGACGGCGUGCUGGGCUCCAACGCGAACGCUAACACAUCCCUGCCUCCGCUGAGCAGCACCACCAACUCGGUGACCAGCAGCGACCUGCUCACCAAGAGCUUCGACUCCAGCAUCGAACUGGCGCCGCUGGGACACAGCAGCAGCAACGGCGGCAAGCUGGCCGAGCACAGCUUGGCGGAAUAGUGCAAUCGAUCGUCUCGUUCCAAAGGCGAUUAGCCAAAUCCAAGUAUCAAGUAUAUAUAUUUACAACCAUAACUGGGGUGAGUGGGUUUCGUAUGAACAAAAAUGAAUAAGAGAUUGUAAGGGCAGUCAAAUAAUCCAAGGAUAUUUCUAAAACAAUUCUUUUACAGUCUUGAUAGAGUAAUAACCGUGUAUACCAAUUAAUUUUAUUAAUAUUUCCAAUUUCCUAAAUAUUAAACAAUGUUUCUGGUUAGAUGCAAUUAUAUCCCUUGCAUUUUGGUCGGACCUUAUAUCGUAAAUACUCGGAAUUAUCCAAAGAUUACCUGACUGCACGAAAAUAUCUUCAUGACCCAAAAUCCACUUACCCAACUAUAUAUAUUCGCCACCUACCGCUGUGUAUUAGCCGAACAAAACCGUGGCGCGAGAGAUUUGAAUUUAUGGAUUAAGGAUCGUUUGAGUUUGUUGAAUUUGAUGGGUUUUCUUAGUUGUUCGUAUGUAUUAUCGUAUUCCAAAUCCAAUUGUUGGUUAGAUUAAGUGUUGCUAGGACGUCACAAGAAUUAUAUACAAAAUGUAUACACACG